AUGCGUCUUGACGUCGUGUCCAAGGCCGCUCGCGCCGCCCAGCGCUUCUCGGCCCAGUGUCACGGCCAGAAGUUCCGUACGGCCCACGCUUCGGCCACGCUGCGUGCCGCUUUGGCCGUCGAGGCCAGCGAGGCCAACCAGAAGGGCCGUUCGGCCGGCCUGCUCGCUGCCAUGGCCCUCAUGGGUGUGGCCGGCGUGGCCAGCAUGGACGACAAUGCGGCCGCUAAGUGCGAAGGCGCGGCCAAGCCUGUGAGUCGCGAGGCCGUCACGCAGGCCAUGCUCAAGGAGGUUGUAACAAAGCUCAACCGCAUCGAGAGCGCCGUGGCCAACCCGCACCGCCACACAGAUGGACUGAACGUCGGCGUGGACGUGGUGUUGGGCGCCCAAUGGGGCGAUGAAGGCAAGGGCAAGCUCGUGGACAGUCUGUCCCAGUCGUACGACGUCAUUGUGCGUGUGGCCGGCGGCUCCAACGCUGGCCACACCAUCGUGCACGAAGGCAAGAAGUACAAGUUCCACCUUGUGCCUUCGGGUAUCCUGAACCCAAACGCCAUCUGUAUCAUCGGCAACGGUGUGGUGGUGCACCUGCCGAGCUUCCUAGAGGAGCUCGAGGAGCUCAAGAGGAUGGGCGUGGACUACGAAGGCCGCAUCCUCAUCUCGGACCGUGCCCACAUGGUGCUGGACUUGCACCAAGAAGUGGACGGUAUUAACGAGCUACGUCGUGGCCGUAACAAGAUCGGUACGACCAAGAAGGGUAUUGGUCCGGCCUACUCGUCCAAGAUGCUGCGUAACGGCGUGCGUGUGGGUGACUUGCGCUACUUCGACGAUUUCACGGAGAAGAUGGUCGAUCUGGUCAAGUUCUACAAGGACAACUACCCGGAAUUAGAGGCCGACGCUGAGGCCGAGAUCAAGGUGUACAGUGACAUGAAGGACAAGAUCCUGGACAUGACGGUGGACACUGUGUCGUACCUGAACAACGCGUACGUGGCUGGCAAGAAGAUCCUGGUGGAAGGAGCCAACGCUACGAUGUUGGACAUUGACUUUGGUACGUACCCCUACGUGACGUCGAGUAACCCCAGUAUCGGUAGUGUGUGUACUGGUGGCGGUAUUUCACCGAACCGUCUGAACGGUAUUAUCGGUAUUGUCAAGGCGUACUGUACUCGUGUGGGUGAAGGUCCGUUCCCGACGGAGCUGCACGACGACGUUGGCGAGCACCUCGGUACGGUCGGUGCCGAGUUCGGUACAACCACAGGCCGUGCACGUCGUUGCGGCUGGCUGGACAUUCCCCAGAUGCGCUACUCGAACAUGGUGAAUGGCUUCACGGAGCUCAACUUGACCAAGCUGGACGUGUUGACGGGCCUCAAGAAGGUCAAGAUCGGCGUCGCGUACUGGCACGAGGGUAAGAAGCUGGACGGUAUGCCGUCCAACUUGCAGCUCUUGCAGGACUCUGUCGUCGAGUACGAAGAGAUGGAAGGCUGGUCUGAGGACAUCUCCAAGUGCAAGACGUUCGAGGAACUGCCGGUGGCUGCUCAGAAGUACGUGCUGCGUGUGGAGGAGCUCCUGGGCACGCACAUCAAGUGGAUCGGCGUGGGUCCCGACCGUUUCGACGUCAUCACGCGCACACACCCGCUGGAGAAGGCGUACAUCUCCGGCAACUAG